UUAGGCCUUGACAAGUGCAGCUGCACCUCGAGAAAUUUGGUGCAAUGGCCCGGUGCUGUGGGGUGCAGCGGUACCUUGAGAAAUUUGGUGCAAUUGCCCGGUGCAGCGAACGAUGGUGCAGUUGCACCUCUUGGCGGUGCAACCAGGUGCUGCCAAGGCCAGAUUUUGCCAAGAAAUUACCCCAUUA